UGCAUUUGCCAACGUACAAGAAUUUGAAACUAUAACAACAAACAAGUAGAUCAAAGUCAAAGGUUUUGUUGGAAUCUGAAGGUGAAGUUUACGGAAGAUAACGUUUGCACCACCAUUGAUCUUUAUAGCCUACGGGAAAAUCCAAUGGUAUAAAAGGUGCAUGCUAGACAUGCAUACCUUCGGAUAAAAGUACUGCAAGUACGUCAUGUUUUUCGUGUUCUUUGCACCCGGUCACAGAUGAAUCGCCUCAGAUAACUUACUGGCGUACUUUGACAAAAGGAUUAUCCAAAGCUUUAAGAAUAAAACUGCCACUGGACAAAGUGCCCUCAGUGAACUCCAUCCACUUGUAAUUAGAACAUCAGUGCAGAAUUAAGCUUUUUACGUGGUUAUUUGGAAAUGGGCAUCUUGAGCUUCAAAAGCCAUUUAUUCAAAUUGUCUUCUUUACUCUUUGGAAAUAAUAAUCUACUUACAAGCAAAACCUUCUUGAAGUCUAACCUUUUAAGUGCUACCUAUUGUUCUGGAAACAGUCUUCAGGUUCAAGAAAACGAACAUAUUACCCUGCCAAAAUUUCUAGAUGUGCAUUUACCGAACGCGCGUCAAACAUUGAAGCUCGAUCCGACCUGGCUUCGAGAUCACUGUAGAUGCCCAGAUUGUUAUAAUGCGGUCACAUAUCAAAGGAACAACGAUAUCCUGAAGUUGAAUGAACAUAGUACUAUAUCAGCUCAUUCACAAAGCGACGGUCUCUUGCAUGUUUUAUGGUGUGAUGGGCAUAAAUCAAUAUAUUCCAUCCCGUGGCUUGUAAGCAAUACAUACGAAGGGAGGUGCCAAACACAAGAGGAAGAGACAAGCCGAAUAAUUACGUGGGAUGGUUCAAUGGGAAACAUAACGAAUUUAGAGCCCAUUCUGCACCGUAACGCAUUGCACGAUGAUAAUACCCUAAGUGAAAUUUAUCGUCGGGUCAUCCACUAUGGCUUCGCUAAAAUAGAACAAGUACCCUCGACGGAAAUCGACACCAAAAUGAUAAUUGAGCGUGUCUGCCGUAUGUCCCGCACGGUCUUCGGAAAGUUUUGGGAAACAGGCACUAAUUUUGACCAUAUGGACUCCGGUUAUUUGAACGGCUAUUUAGAAGCGCAUACGGACAACACUUAUUUUACUGAAGCACAAGGGUUUUUGGUUUUUCAUUGUACCCAUUUCAAUGGAAGAGGUGGGGAGUCAUUUCUUGUAGACGGAUUUCACGUGGCGAAACAAUUAAAGCUGUUCGAUCCCGUUGCAUACGACUACCUAUCUAAGGCUAAUAUAACAGCAGAGUACAUAGAGCCAGGUGAACAUUUUUCUUCUGGAGGUGCCAUUCUCCGCCAUGAUCCAGUGAGCGGUCAGCUUGAACAGAUAAGGUUCAACAUGCUAGAUCGGGCGCCCUUAACAAGUGUACCGCAACCCGAAGUUGGUACCUUUUAUCGUCACCUAAGAACCAUGGCAAUGUUAGUGAGGCAAAAAGAAAAUGAAUAUUGGUUUCGGCUCUCACCAGGAACUGUGAUGAUCAUCGAUAAUUGGCGACUGCUUCAUGGACGAAAUAGUUAUGAAGGCAAAAGAGUUUUAAGGGGCUGUUAUUAUUCACGUUCGGACUUCAUGAGCAAGGCGAGACACUAUGGGAUAAUUUCGUGAAAAUAUAUUGUUCCUUUUGGUCUUCACGCGGUGCACAAACAUUUCAAAUGAUCAUUUCAAUAUUAA